UUAGGCCUGGCGGGCUGACAGGCUUGCAAUACACUGGCAGAAACCCUGUUCUUGUCUUUGUUGACUGCUCGACUUGAAGAAUCUCAGUUGACUGAGGGGUCGACAGAUGAUUCAACUCAUUGACUUUCAGGGGGCAGCCCUACUGAAUAUUAUAACACAAAUCCUCAAUAUUCAAUGUGAACCUUGUUGACUGGACUGAUAUGAUGUAUUUUAAUGCUUGAUGGCUAUCUGAGAUAGCUAAUAGUUGGAAAGCUUUAGAAAUGUCCAUCUCAUUGAGAAAAUGCAAUGUAGUUUGAUAGUGGUCACCAAAGCAUUGUGCAGACUGUAGGUGAAAGUACUGUGUUGUUGACUUUUGGCCGUUAGUUGGGCAGUGUCCAUGAUUCCUCAUCACGCUUUGGCGUCUAUACUGGGGUCACGGUGCUAAGACUGGAUUACCAGGCUGUCUGGAGACAGUUCCUCUUAGAGUUAUUUAUGGCCAUCCUUCUUAAUUAAAAGGAAAAACACAUUGUAACCUGUCAGUGUCCAUCAGUUGAGGGUAAACAAAUGUGUUGUUUGUACUGUAUAGUACAUACACAUAUGUUUUUGAAAGACUAGGGGACACUUGUCUACCAGGUAUGCUUUUGAUGUAUGACAAGUCUUCCAGUGGCCUCUCCAGGAUAGAGGUGUAAUGGAAUAUGUGACAGCAAUAAUUGCCAGAAGACACCUUCUCUAAUCUUAAAGCGGAUUGUUUGAUGUACUGCCAGGCAGGAUGGACUUCACAGGUGUGAUUGGCUUCUACCACCACCAUGAGUCCCCUGGAGAGGCACCUGUAUGGGGCCUGUCUCCAUACUUGAUAUCUUUAUCAGGGCAUUUGGGGGGAGUUUUUCUAGAGAUGGUUUGGCAUUGGCCAUAACGCAGAUCACUGCAGCAGUCCUAGAGGAUUUAAUCUGAUUGAAUGCGUGGGGGAGAGUGGAAUAGAGGCGGGAGCAGGGAUUAUUUAAGGCUUAGGGCUUAGAGUGCUCUGCUCUCAUUCAUUCUCCUCUGUGCUUCUCUCACUGAUGCAGUGAGAGAAAAUGAUAGAUCGCUAUUUCAUGGCUGGCAGGCUGAAGACCAUUAGGUCACUGGACAGUGUGUAUAUAAGCGAGAGGCUUUUUGGACUUGUAAGUGAGUGAGUCUGGAAUCUGAAGAUCUAAGGUGCCAUGAGGGACCCGUGUCGUAUAUGCGGUGUUCGUCUGGUUGGAAGCCAGUGUCGCUGGAUUUUCAGCUCCGCGGCACAGAGGAAGCUACAAGUCAUCUUGUCCCAUGUGCUGGGCUGGGAGGUGACUCGCGAUGGUCGUGGAGAGUUCCUCUGUGGGAAAUGCGUGUUCCAGUUGGAGAAGGUGGUACAAUGUGAUGUUAACAUCAGCCAGCUGCAGGAUGAGCACAAUAAUCAGAUCCAGAAGGUGCAGGCAGAAAAAGAGCAAAUCAUCCAGUGCAUCGUCCACAUCUACAACAAAAACAACCCAAGCCUGCUAAAGAGGGACAGGGAGAGCACCAGUUCCAGGAUUCCAAUCAGGUGCUCUGGUGUGGGCAGUCCUGAUGAUGAGGCUGUAUCUCAGUUGGCCUCUGAAGGACAGUGGUUCAGGGAGAGUGGAAGUGAUCACGUGGAGAAUCGCAUGAGAAGGUGUUUGAGUCUGGAUGUAAUUGCUAGUAAAGGGGCAUUCCCAGGGCGCUCAGGCCUCAGAAGCAGCAGGCUGGGAUCAGCGGCCGGGCUUGAUGGAUCAAUGAAGAGCUUUGGUCUCCGAGGCACACGCCACCGCUCACAGAGCAUGUAUCUUGACCUGGUCCAUCGUAAGGGCACACUGCCUAGACCUGGUUUCAAAGGUCUCUCCACAUCCCUGCAGUCCCUUAAUAGAGACUUUGCCUCAGACACCCCUCCAGACCCUCCACCCAAACUAAAACUCAGAGAGCCCAAGGUGUUUGUUGCCAGACAUGGUGUCACUGAUGAUCCGAAAGGAAAGGUCCAGGCCAGAGCGCUGCUCCGCAGCUCCUCGAAUCAACCUUCUGUGAUCUCUGACCUGAUCCAGCUCCUGCGCUGCAUCUCCAAGCAGCAAGUAUCUACCCCUCUAGGGAGCCGCAUCCCAGUCCUUAAGAGGUUAAGUGCUGGCUACAUCAACCCCCGAGCCAAGCGCAGACACAGAGAGGCAGAAUGGAAGUCUCUGCAUAACCUUGCAAAGGAAUUUGAUGAUGAGUACACACCUGUUAGAGUGGAGGUAGUUCUUUUCAGUAACCAGGAAAACCACUGUAGCACCAGUAAUAAGCUGUGAUAGAUAACAGCUUUGUUGCUGAACAUACUUCCUGGUAUUAAUCAUUUCUUCCCUUUCCUGUUUUUGUAUGUGUCCUGGAUUUG